CCCGCCGCCGCCCGCUCUGAUUCUGCGCAUAGGCAGCCCCCAAGCCUGUCAUUCUGCAAAAACACAGUUUACUCAACACACCACACACACUCGCACACACACGCGCGCACACACACGCGCACCCUGGCCCCCUCGCGCACACGCACGGAGGGCGCGAGCGAGCAGACGCGCACACCCGGCGAGCCAAGUUCCGCAGCCUGGCAUGGCUUCUGGGGACCUUUACGAGGUUGAAAGGAUUGUAGACAAGAGGAAGAACAAGAAAGGAAAGUGGGAGUAUCUUAUCCGAUGGAAAGGCUACGGGAGCACAGAGGACACUUGGGAGCCGGAACACCAUCUGUUGCACUGUGAGGAGUUUAUCGAUGAGUUCAAUGGGCUGCACGUGUCCAAGGACAAGAGGGUCAAGUCUGGGAAGCCAGCCAGUGCUUCCAAGCUCCUGCGUGACAGCCGAGGCGCACCAGUGGAGAAACUCUCGCACAGGCCUUCAGAAUCUGGCAAGAGCAAAGGGACUUCCCAUAAACGGAAGCGGAUCACUCCCUCCCUGUCCAGACCCAAGAAAGGGUACUCAGCCAAGCCCCCUCCUGGAGGCGAUCGGGCCACCAAGACAGUGUCUUACAGGACUACCCCCAGUGGCUUACAAAUAAUGCCCCUGAAAAAGGCUCAGAAUGGGCUGGAAAAUGGGGAUGCUGGUUCUGAGAAGGACGAGAGGCAUUUUGGAAACGGGUCCCAUCAGCCGGGUUUGGAUUUGAAUGACCACGUUGGUGAGCAAGACCUCGGUGAAUGCGACGUCAAUCACACGGCGCUGGCAGAGAACGGGCUUGGCUCUGCUCUGACCAAUGGAGGAUUAAACCUGCACAGUCCUGUGAAGAGGAAGCUGGAGGCCGACAAGGACUACGUCUUUGACAAGAGGCUCAGGUACAGCGUCCGCCAGAACGAGAGCAACUGUCGGUUCCGGGACAUUGUCGUGCGGAAGGAAGAGGGGUUCACACACAUCCUGCUCUCCAGUCAGACCUCGGAUAAUAACGCGCUGACCCCCGAGAUCAUGAAGGAGGUCCGGCGAGCACUCUGCAAUGCAGCCACAGAUGACAGCAAGCUGCUGCUUCUCAGCGCAGUGGGCAGCGUGUUCUGCAGUGGCCUGGAUUACUCCUACCUAAUUGGCCGCCUGUCUAGUGACCGGCGAAAGGAGAGCACCCGGAUCGCUGAAGCCAUCAGGGACUUUGUGAAGGCCUUUAUCCAGUUUAAGAAGCCCAUUGUGGUGGCCAUCAAUGGGCCCGCCCUGGGCCUGGGCGCCUCCAUCCUGCCCCUCUGCGACAUCGUGUGGGCCAGUGAGAAGGCCUGGUUUCAGACCCCCUAUGCCACCAUCCGCCUCACUCCCGCCGGCUGCUCCUCAUAUACCUUCCCCCAGAUUCUGGGUGUCGCGCUGGCCAAUGAGAUGCUGUUCUGCGGGCGGAAGCUUACAGCACAGGAGGCAUGCAGCCGAGGCCUCGUGUCCCAGGUCUUUUGGCCAACCACGUUCAGCCAGGAGGUCAUGCUGCGGGUCAAGGAGAUGGCGUCAUGCAGUGCCGUGGUGUUGGAGGAGUCGAAAUGCCUGGUACGGAGCUUCCUGAAGUCGGUGCUGGAAGAUGUGAAUGAGAAGGAAUGCCUGAUGCUGAAGCAGCUGUGGAGCUCCUCCAAAGGCCUGGACUCCCUGUUCAGCUACCUGCAGGACAAAAUUUAUGAAGUCUGAGGGCUCUGGCCCACUUGCCGCAGCUCUCAAGGGCAUCUGACUCCAGCUUUGCCCCGUGCUUUGGAAAUUGGAGCAGAGUGUGUGCCCGGCCAAGGAGUUUGUCAAGGCGUCUCUUAAAACCUAGGGUUGUGUCCAUUUUCUCGUGUCCUUUGCUUGUUCCUCAUUGGUUUGGUUUUGUGUCGCAGAUGGGAAACGCAGCAUACUUGGCCUCCCCUGUGCCCCCACCCCAACUGGCUCCAGAGCUACCGAGGGCUAUGUCUUUCUUCCCAGGCCUCUGCCAGGGACUGUUGUCCUGUCCCUACUUGCUGAAAUGCACCAUCCUGGUCCCGGGCGGGGACAAGCCGUUCCCCGCCUUCCUGACUCAGGCUGUGUCUACACAGUGCCUCUGACUUGGCUCUCUCCGGUUACAUGCAGAUCUGGUGAUAGGGGAGGAUGCAUCUUAGGGAAUUUCCAGACCAAUGAACAAAAUGAUCAUGCAGAGCAGCCUCAGUCUCCUCUCUGAUGCAGACCUGUGUGACUCUUAGGGUUUGGUCUCAAAACCUAAUUGAGUGAUUUACAAACCCAGAUAUUGUACCUUUAGGAAUGUUUUGUUAAAUAUAUAUUUUUAAAACAAUGUAAGUGGAAAUUCUGAUAAUUUAUGUGCGUUAUAUGUAAAGCUAGUUUUGCAAAAACAUGAACUACUAGGACAAUGUUUUUUCUUUAAUCAGACUUAUUUAAUUUAUUUAUUUUUGUUUAUAUAUUACGAUAAUCUGUCACUGACACAGAUGUUAUUUUCAUACUGCCCCGGACCAAAUCCCAAACCAGGUUCCUGUCGUUUGGUGCAUUCUAGCAAUGAACAGGUAGAAAUAAGAUGCAGAGAGACGGAAAUGGGAGGAUUUCAGUAGAUAAAAGGAACGGCUCUGUACCAGGUCCUCUGCAUGGAAAACAGUUUUCAGCUGGCACAACAUCAGUUCUUUGGGCUCGUGCUUAAGGGAAAUCUUGGGAGAGUUUUCUCUUCACUCUGCUGCCUUUCAGGAGACAAAGUGCCCUCCAGGCUGAGUGGUGCUGGCACAAACCCGGGCCCUCGCUGUGUGGUGUCGGGAGGAGGUGGGGAAUACGCCUUGCCUGCGAAUUGACUACAUGGGCCCUAGGGUGCCACAUUUUUCUUUGGGACAACUGCUGACCUUGGAUUUCAGAGUCCAUUCUCUUCCAUGUGCAGUGAGGUCUGGAUAGGGCUGCCCUGAGCUGUCAGUAGGUCUGAAUUUUUUUACCUCCAGAAGCCCAGGUGAUCUAUUCUCCUGGUAGUUUCACAUAAGGGAGCAGUAACCGGGGUUCAUGUCUCCUGCUUUAAGGCCACUGGGCUACCCGGGGACCCCAGGGCUGAAUAGACAACAUCAGAUCAUAGUCCUUGGCUCAGGGAGGGGUUGGGUUUGAUUUUGCUUGGUGAGGAGAAAAAUGAGAGAUUAGAGCAGAGAAAUGAGCAUGCUCGGGGUUGUAGUCAUAUACCCAAGAAAGUAAGGUUCUCAUGUGCAUUCUCAGAGGCCCCUCUUCUAUUCCUCCAUGUUGCCACCUGCCUCCCUUGACCCUUCCUUGGAGAGAGUUGAGUAGAGCAGUUAAGAGUUAGACACAGCUGGGGAGAUGAGGGGGGCUGAGAAGGAGAAGGUCAUUGCCACAGUUGUCUCUCCUCUGGUCUGUCUUCUCUAGGCCAGGCAGGUGAGAAGAUUCAUGGUGUGAGCUUUGAACAGGUUGUGUGCCUACUUUAGAGCUACAUGUCCUUUACACAGAAGAUCUGAAGUUUCUCUGGACUAUUGAUCCCAAGACAGCCUAGUUCCCUCUCAGGAAAGCCUCUUUCUUUUUUGAGUUUCCCCAUGACUUUACAAAGGUCAAGGAGGAGAGGAAACCUCUCCCCUUCUCCUUCCUUCUCCUUUAUCCUGUGCCGUUUUGGCCAUGGGGAGCCAGCAGGGGACAGCACAUGUCCUGAACCCAGCCAGAGGAAGAUGGAAUGGAUGUCCUGUGUGCCCCUCCCUCAUCCAUGUGGGGUCCUGUGGACCACCAGGCAUUACUUGCAGGGGAACAUCCAAAAGCCUGUGGUCACAUCCCCGGCGGGGUUUUGUCUCUUCCUUUGAGAAAGCAUGUGUGCUCCCAGGGCCCCUGGAGAAGCCUCGUCUUGUAUGUCCCGGCAGGUGAUCUCUUUGCCAUUGCUAAUCCCUCCACAGAAAGAGCCCCCUGCUUUGUCUUCCUUCUGAAGCAGCUAAAUUGACGGAAGGAGGGUCAGUUUUUUCUUGCUGGAGAUGGAAGAGAUACUUCAGAAUCCCUUUUGGUCGGUGUCUAUAUCUGUUCCCGGCUGAAGGAGCCUGAAAGGUUUUAUUUAACCUUGGAAGUAACAUCCGAUCCAAUCUUGUAAACGACUGCGUGACGGCGAAGUCAGGAAGGUGAAACCCUCCAUGAGGUGAGGUGCUUGGGGAUACAGGUCCUGAGUAUGACAGAAGGUGGUUUAAAGGACACAUUUUUGUUUGUUUGUUUCUGUGUUGUGUUGUCUGCGUACAGUCACCUCAAGAAGUAUGUUCCACAAAUUGCUCAAAAGUUGGUGAAAUGUGUUUGCUAACAGGGUAGACCAAACUACUGAAUUCUUUGCUUUCUGGAUGGUUGUUUUGAUAACAUGUAGAUGAGAUCCAGGUAACUCCCUCUCUUCCCGCACCCCGCCCUGCACCCUGCAUUGCCCCCUUCCCACCCCUGUCUGUCACGUCCAGCGCUGGGGCAAGACUGUGGGGGAUUGUUCCUGGUCUUGCCAACCCCAUCCCAGAAUGGCCUUUGGGGUCAAAAGGACAGCUGUGUAUCCUCUUUUGCCAUGGAAACUUCCAGGCAGUCCACUCUGUGUCGACUGUGAGCCAUGCGUGGAAGUCUCUUUUCCUCUCUGCUCUGGCCCCUGGCAUCUUGUCCUGGAACCACUCGAGGACUGUUCGCCGAGCAUCACUAAGAUGGCCAGACCACCCCCCCUCUGCAUUUGGAAGCCACAAACUGAUGCUGAGUUACUCACACAUCCCCUCUGGCUUUGGAAUAAUGUUUGUGGGUAAAAACUAUCAAAUAUUAGCCUCUAAGAAUGAAAUUGGAUAACUGUGAGAAGAUAGUAGAGAAUUGAUUUGAAAUAUCAUUCUUGUUUGGUAUAGAGGAAACUAGGAGAGAUUCUCUCUGAAGCAUGAAAAUAGGUUUUUCCCACAUGAAGUUGAGGGUAAGAACGGGAAAAAUAACCAUCACAAUAGACUUUGAUCAAUGCAGCUGUAUCUUUGAAUAUCCACAUUUAAAAACAGCCUUGACUGAAGACUGAAUUGCAUUUCCCAUUAUUAACUGUUGGUUUAAAAAAUUUUGCAAACUUUUUUUUAAUUUGGAAUUUAGUCACAUUCAUGAAAUUUUCCAAUCUAGUUUCUGUGGAAAUUUUUGUAACAAAGAGAAACAAAUAGAAUCAUAUUCAAAUCUUCCUAAGUGAACAUUUAAAAUGCAGAAUUGCUUCUCUUCUGUGUUUCUGUAUUCAGAUACUUAGAUCUGUUGUAUAUAUUAGUUUAGACACACUCACUAAUAUACACAGUAUUUAAGACUCUAAAUGAGAUUUCUUAAGUAUUUUAUUUUCUUCUCUGUAAAUGGUUUUGUAUAAUCUUUAAAAAUCUACACUUUGCCUUUGUAGAUAUUUAAGGGAAACCAUUUGGGGGUUGUCUUGCAUGUAUAUUUUUGUUGUAGAUAAGUGUUGCUUAGUUAUUUCUGCAAAUUUUGGUUGAAAUGCUUACAGACUUUAAUACAGUAUAUAUUUUCAGAAUAUAAACUUUUAUAUUUCUGUGAUAAGUUAGGAUAUGCGUUUUAGGCAAUCUUUUCCAUCAAUAUCACUUGUUCUUUCAGAAAAUAGCAUACUGGUUUGGUGCCAAUGUUGUCCCCCUACCCACCUCCCUGUUCGAAUCUAAUGCUCUUAUAUUGUGAAAGAGCAGGUUAAUUUAUUUUUUCUCAAAGUAAUUGAGGUUGACGUAUAAUUUGAAAAUGUAUUGAAUUUGUGAAUAAGCCUUACCAUUAGGAUCAGUAAAUUUCCCAGCCCUCACAACUACAUAUGUAGUUAAGAUCUCCCCAUACAUUCUCACUGUGUGGCAGUUGAUGGAGUUUGUGAGCAGAGCCUUAAGCUUGUUGCAAAAAAAAAUACAAACAAAAAAAUAAGGGUAAUACGGGUUGUUUCUUCCAAACAACAGGAGCCACGUCAAUGGGCUGAAAGGGUUUGGUUGAGCUGAUGGCAGCAGGGGCCAGACAGGCACCUUGGUGAAUGUCCUUGGCCAUACGAGUGGGUCAAGGACAGGUUUUCCUAGCCACCCUUGUGGCAUAGACAUAGUUUAGCAUGGUCAUGGGGAAGGAUGCUGGUUCAUCUUUUAUUCUGAACACAUGGCACUUCCUACUCUGACCUUGGCAGUUGACCUUCCUGAGUUCCUGGUGGAUAACCUGGAACACAGUCUGGCUGAGGUCAGCACUCCUUGAGAGAGGUUCACAAAGUUUACACAUGAGUCUUACUGUACAGACAAUCCGAAGGCGAUUUCAGUGGCAGCAUCAGCAUUCCCCUUUGUCUGGAGUGUCUGAUCCAUGAACUUUGGGUGUUAUGCCCUGCUCAACCUGAGCUUAGCAGGCAGGGCCACAUGAGACACUGAACAGAGACACAUCAGCUUGUGGACAGGAUGUCCACCAAGUCUGCCCAAUCAAAUCAACUAGAAUUUGGAGCUACUUAUUUUUUGACAGUUACGAUUCCUUUCAAACUUGGCACACUUCCAUAGUUACCAACUGACUCUCCUUCCCAAGGCUUGAAAGAUGACCUUGAGAACAGGGCAGUAGGAUGGCUAACGUCAAAUAAGUUGCUUGGCUCAUCUCUAGCAAGAGGUGUUCAUAAAGUCAACGUACCUACCAUUAGCCUGGAGAUUUGCCUCAAAUUUGUUUACAGAAAAUGGAAAGUCUGGUUUCAGCUUCAGCUCUGGCAUCCCUGUAGGCUGACCAAUCCCUCGUUGGCUGGGUGGUCAUGAAGGUGGACCUCACAAAGGGGACUCUAGGAUGUUCAGAGGAUGUAGAGUUUUCCAUUUAGUGUUUGAUUUGUCCCUGUGCCAUCUGUCUCAGCUUGAAGUCAUUCACUGAUGUCCGUGUUGAUAGGAUUGUGAAAAUAUAUUGCCUUUCAUAAAACCAAGGACCAAAGAAUUCCAUUUUCAACAAAGCACGAGUUUCAUAGAUGGUGGCACAUCUGGAGAGAGGUGUGUAUGCAUGCUCCCUGGCACCGAGAAGUUGCUCGAUUCCACAGCCUCGCCCUCCUCCCUGGCUGGCCAUACAGAUGGAUUUGUUGUCCCCUUGAAGGCUCCGAAAGAUGAGUUUCUCUGAAACUUGCUUUCUCAGGCGAGGUGGGUGUUUCUGCUGUGUAGUCUCAGCCUGUAACCAUAUCAUAAAAAGUGGAGAUCUGGCAUUCUUCCAGGUUUUCUGAGCAGUGUAGACCGCUCCAUCUGAAGAGGAACCCUCAGUGCAAGUUCUUCAGAUGUAUCUACACUGAGCAGCGAGAUCCUGCAGUUGCCAAAUUUCCAUGUGCUUUUUGUUCUACAUCGACCCAUUCCAAUCACUGUUUGGCAUGAGAAGAAUUUCCUUCCAUCCCCACACCAGGUGAUGCUCCAUUCCCAUUCAUGAUGACAUCAUUCAUCCAUGGACUGCUUGCGAGGUCAUUGAUGCUAAACAAGUGGUAUUCUACUGGUAAGGCUUAUUACCAAACUUCUGAUAAUGAAGCAGGCUACCAAAAACUUACCCAGCCCACCUAGGAGUGUUGGGAUUUGAUCGUGGACGUAGCACACACACCAAAAUCCAAGGAGACCUUUGCAAAUUAGGCUACUUGUUUUCUUUUGGCAGGUUAUCAUGGGAGAGUCUUUAACUAGUUCUGAGUCUUUGUAAGUAUGAGUACUUCAUAGAAUUAUAAAGCAGGUACAGCUGACCCUUUCUCACCACGCUGUAAAUAUUUCUGAGACUGGGUGCAGUACUGAGGGAUUAUAAUCUUCUGACUUAUCAAAUGCUGACUGUCUAGAGCAAAUCGUACACUCUCUUUGUGAAUGGUCCUGUAACGUGUGUGAACACAUUUCUGGGUGCCUUAGAAGUUGUAUUUUUCAUGUGUGCUAAUAUGCAGUAUUUAUACAUUGUGAGAGGCUGCUUUGAAUAAAAAGGUUGAAACUUUGUCUGCAUUCGCUUGUGUUCCCCCUUUCACAGCCUGUAUGUAAAUCUCACAAAUAGGUUCUGUGGUUUCUGAACAGAGAAGUUUCUGGGGCCUCUAGGGAUUUGAUGCUUCUGCUGCUUCUGGAUAGUGGACGGGUUCCUGGGAAACAUAGGUACCACCACUCACGGAUGUGAGGCUUGAAGCUUAAGUUAUCAGAGAGUCGUGGUGGGGGACUCUGGUAGUUUAAGUCCAGAGGACCCUAGAAUGGGAAGGGCAUCAUGGGUUCAUUUUCAGGGGGCUUAUGUACUUCCUUCCCCAGUAUACAUGGAAUGUUCCUUGCACAGGACUCCAUACUCAAUAGUGAGAAACCUCUGCGGAACUUAGUCUUGUUCAGUCCUGGCUGCUGCCGUGGCAAUCGAUGCUAUUCGUCACUAUGGGAUUAUGCAAAGUCCUCCACAUGUGUGACCUCGUUGCUUCAUUCAACACAAGAUGAAAUGCACGUUAAUGAAGGCCCUGGCCCCUAGAGCCUGGCCCCAAGAGAAGUUGUGGGGCGGGGCCUGCAGGAAAGAGAGAGAAGACUUUCAGGGGUUCACGGCCACAAGAAUUCUGGGGAAGGGGUUUGCAUGAUGUGAUCUUCUACCUGUCAGAGCAUCCACCCUGCUCUUAGCUGGGCACUCUCCCUCCCCCUUCCUCCUCUUCCCCCACCACUCAGAGGCACAGGUUUCUCAGACUGAUGUCAAAGAAUUGGGGGUCUAGGAAUGUGAGAAU